AUGGAAGAUGGAGUAAGACAGCAAGGCACUGUUGAGGAGCUACAAGAAGUUGAUCCCGACGCGCAUCCAAAACAGCCCGACGCGCAUCCAAAACAGCCCGACGCGCAUCCAAAACAGCCCGACGCGCAUCCAAAACAGCCCGACGCGCAUCCAAAACAGCCCGACGCGCAUCCAAAACAGCCCGACGCGCAUCCAAAACAGCCCGACGCGCAUCCAAAACAGCCCGACGCGCAUCCAAAACAGCCCGACGCGCAUCCAAAACAGCCCGACGCGCAUCCAAAACAGCCCGACGCGCAUCCAAAACAGCCCGACGCGCAUCCAAAACAGCCCGACGCGCAUCCAAAACAGCCCGACGCGCAUCCAAAACAGCCCGACGCGCAUCCAAAACAGCCCGACGCGCAUCCAAAACAGCCCGACGCGCAUCCAAAACAGCCCGACGCGCAUCCAAAACAGCCCGACGCGCAUCCAAAACAGCCCGACGCGCAUCCAAAACAGCCCGACGCGCAUCCAAAACAGCCCGACGCGCAUCCAAAACAGCCCGACGCGCAUCCAAAACAGCCCGACGCGCAUCCAAAACAGCCCGACGCGCAUCCAAAACAGCCCGACGCGCAUCCAAAACAGCCCGACGCGCAUCCAAAACAGCCCGACGCGCAUCCAAAACAGCCCGACGCGCAUCCAAAACAGCCCGACGCGCAUCCAAAACAGCCCGACCAACCAAAUGCCAAGCCCUCAGGGGCCUUAACACUCCUAUUAUCAUGGGGAAGCCAGAAGGCCACCUGUGGUGUGGUCAGUAAUACACUAACUGCUGGCACUACAAAGCCCUCAGUUAUGCUGCCGCUGCUCAACACACAACUGAACCUGAAGUUUCAAAGCAAAGCACUUUUCAACCAGCUUCUCUUAAGGGCAGCCAAGUACUCAUCAUUACCAUCAUGA